UGAUUGACUUGACAAGUCAGGAGUUAAUAUCUAGACAUCACUUCUAUACCACCGUAUUUACCCGGGCAGGGCAGGGCAGGGCAGGGAACUUCGAAAAUCUUGUUUUUUUUUAAUUCAAAUUUCAGUUGCAGUCGGAGAUAUAGAGGAAAACAAUAUUCUCAGAUCUGAAGUCCCGUUCGCAAUUGAGUGGAUUAUUGGAAGGCUAUUUAAGAAUUUUACAGGGUUUAAGAAUAAGGCGAUAAAAAAUGAAUGUGUUCAGGCUAGCAGGGGAUAUGACCCACCUGCUUAGCAUUGUGGUGUUGCUUCUCAAAAUACAUUCAAUGAAAUCAUGUGCAGGAAUCUCACUGAAAACACAAGAACUAUAUGCUCUUGUCUUUGCUACGCGAUAUCUGGACAUUUUCACAAAUUAUUAUUCCUUAUACAAUACAAUCAUGAAGAUUGUUUUCUUGGUUACAUCCUUCUCGAUUUUGUGGUAUAUGAGGUUUCAUAAGGUUGUUCGACAGACAUAUAACAAAGAUCAAGAUACUUUUCGACAUUAUCUUCUGGUCAUACCAUGCUUUGUGCUGGCGCUUCUGAUCCACCGUAAUUUUACUGUACAGGAGGUUUUAUGGACAUUUUCAUUAUAUCUUGAAGCAGUGGCUAUUCUUCCCCAGCUUGUAUUACUACAGAGAUCACGGAAUAUUGAUAACCUGACUGGGAACUAUGUCUUCUUUCUUGGGGCAUAUAGGGCGCUCUAUCUCUGCAACUGGAUAUACCGUUACAUGACUGAAACCCAUGGUUUUCGAUGGAUACCUUGGAUAUCUGGUUUAGUCCAGACAGCUCUCUAUGCCGACUUCUUCUAUUACUAUAUUAAGAGUUGGAAAAACAAUGAAAAACUGAAGUUGCCCUCGUAAAUUCCUGUUUGGGCAUACUGAGAACAGUGCCACUAAAAUAUUUGUGGCAUAUGCACAAGAGAAAUACACUCAUUCAUAUAUUUAUUAGUCUUCUCCCGUUCUCUUUCAAAUUAGGACACAAAUGACCAAAAUAUGCAAAUUAGCAUGUGAUAAGUGCUUCAAGCUUUUAUUGUUAAUCAAUUUUGGUUAUAGAUUAUCAUAUAGUUGUCAAGUCAGGAAAAUUUUGUACCUGAGGUUGUCUCCCUUAUCAUGGUGAGCUCCUUCGAGGAGCAAUGCUAUGGGGGGUAGAUUCCAAAGAUAUCCUUAAUCUCUUUAAAAUAUUGCUCUAUUUCCAUUGUGCUACUUCCAGGUUAUAAUAUAAGGAAUAUGCUUUAUGGAUUA